AUGUGGCGCCUCCUUGUGCUGCCGCUGGCGCUGGCGCUGGAGGAGAUGACGCAGGGCAAGGCCGUUUUCCUGAAAUUUUUCACCCCAUGGUGUGGCCAGUGCAAGGACAUGAAACCCGCCUGGGAUGCCUUGAUGGAGGAGUUCCGGGACGAUGACACAGUCCUGGUAGGUGAGGUGGACUGCGUGGGAAGUGGCAAGGCCAAGUGCAAAGAGUUGGAUAUCAAGGCGUAUCCUCAGGUGAAGUAUGGCGAUCCCAACAACCUCGAGGACUACAAGGGGGGCAGAGAUCUUCCCAGUCUGCAGAAAUUCGCGCAGGAUCUGAACCCUAUUUGCGGCCCUGACCGGUUGGACUGGUGCGACAACAAACGCAAGCGUCAAGUGCAGGGCUACAUGGACUUGUUGCCAUCUGAGUUGGACGCCAAGAUCCAGGAACAAGAGCAAUCCCUGGCGGCUGCCCAGCAGGAAGUGGAGGAUGCGCUGCAAAAACUGCAGAAGGACUAUGCCGAAGCGCGGCGGAGGAAGGAGUUCAAGGUGCAAGAGAUUCGUCAGACCGGCGGCCUGGGACUCAUGAAGAUGGUGCAGGCCUAUCGAAGUCGGAAGAGCUGA